CGGCGUCGGCAGCGGCGCGGGAGGCGGCAAGGCCGGGGCGGCAGGAGCCGGCGCGGCGACCGCAGCGAGAGCGGCGGGGACGGAGCAGACCACGACGAAGGCGCACAGGCAGCAGGGCCGGGCCGGGCCACGGGGAGAGCGGCCGCCGGGAAGCGGGCGGGAGGUCGGGCGGGCAGCGGGUAGCUGCCGAGCUGCGGAACGACAUGGUGCUGCUCAAGGAGUAUCGAGUCAUCCUGCCUGUGUCUGUAGAUGAGUACCAAGUAGGGCAGCUGUAUUCUGUGGCCGAGGCCAGUAAGAAUGAAACGGGUGGUGGUGAAGGCGUGGAGGUCCUGGUGAACGAGCCCUACGAGAAGGAUGGCGAGAAAGGCCAGUACACACACAAGAUCUACCACCUACAGAGCAAAGUGCCCACGUUUGUUCGAAUGCUAGCCCCAGAGGGAGCCCUGAAUAUACACGAAAAAGCAUGGAAUGCCUACCCUUACUGCAGAACUGUUAUUACGAAUGAAUACAUGAAAGAAGACUUUCUGAUUAAAAUCGAAACCUGGCACAAACCAGAUCUUGGCACCCAGGAGAAUGUGCACAAACUGGAGCCUGAGGCAUGGAAACAUGUGGAAGCCAUAUAUAUAGACAUUGCAGAUCGAAGCCAAGUACUUAGCAAGGAUUACAAGGCGGAGGAAGACCCAGCAAAAUUUAAAUCUAUCAAAACAGGCCGAGGACCCUUGGGCCCGAAUUGGAAGCAAGAACUUGUAAACCAGAAAGACUGCCCAUACAUGUGUGCAUACAAACUGGUUACUGUCAAGUUUAAGUGGUGGGGCCUGCAGAACAAAGUGGAAAACUUUAUACAUAAGCAAGAAAGGCGUCUGUUUACAAACUUCCACAGGCAGCUGUUCUGUUGGCUUGAUAAGUGGGUUGACCUGACCAUGGACGACAUCCGAAGGAUGGAAGAAGAGACGAAGAGACAGCUGGAUGAGAUGAGACAAAAGGACCCAGUGAAAGGAAUGACCGCGGAUGACUAAAGCCACCCCUCCCCCUUCUGCACUUUUUGCAAGACAGUGGUCAACAGGAAGGCCCAGCAGCUCCACCCUCCCGAGUGACAGGCCAUCUUCGGACGCAGCCUUUCUGUGCCCAUUCUUCAGGCAACUUUCGAUCCCUCACUGUAGCUAAUUCUAGAUGCCCUUCAAUAUUGUGAACAAAUAGACCGUCUGGUAUUACACAGCCCGCGUGUCCGGGAGCCCACCCCUCUGAGGUACACGGCCCGUAGGCUGUGUUUACAGCUCCUCCCUCUCCAGCCAUUGUGUUCUCAGCCCAUUUCUGUGUGCCCCUCCCUUUACUUCCAAGUGACAUUUUUAGUCUUUCAAAAAUAGCUGCCUUUUGUGAUGUGGUGAUUUAAUGAUUUAAGUUUGUUUGUUUUCAACCUUGGGAUAAACUGAGGUAUUUUGCUUCCUGGGCAGAUCUUUGCAAAUUUGAGUGCUCACCUGGGGAGAGGAGAUGAGUUGGAAAUACAGUUUUUUCCUCCAUUUCCACAGAACAGCAGUGUGGCUUCCUAACUGUGAUCUCUGCUCUCAAUAACCCAUUGUUUGCGGAAGUACCCAGGGCCUGGCCAGUCUGUUUUAAAAAGUCAACAGAUUCAAAUAACCUCUGCCCCAGGCAUUGCAUCCCUGGUCACUUGUCUUAGAAACACCUGGGCUUCUCGGCCCUCCUGUUGCCCAAGCUGUCUGAACGUCCCCAAGCUCUCCGUCUGGAGGACCUGUCCAAUGUGGCCCUUAGAAUUGAGUCUGCCCUGUAUGUAUUAAUUAGUCUGACCACCCCCCUGAGGAGCUAUGUCCACACUCCUCUUCCCUUUUGGGCUGGUGCUGCCACUCAGCAAUAAUCCUCUUUUCUCUGUGCUUUCUCAGAUUCCUGUCCUCUGUCUUUGAGGCUGGUCAGGACACAAGGGUCCUGAUCUUUUCAUGCUGCACAAAAUGAGCAUGCAAAAAGCUUUUCCCCAGCGGAACAUGUCCCCUCUUGUCUCCAGUGGCUGGGAAGAACCCAGCUCAUCCCGCCCCUGUGCUGAGUUCUGUCCUGGACAAUCAAAAGCAGGUAGUGAUCGUGGUACAGAACUCUACCACAGUGGGCCGGUGAAAAAGUCCAGACUCCAAGGGAGGGAGACGCUGCUAAGUGCUUCGUAGUCUUGUAUGGCAGAACCCAAGUAUGCCUUCCUAGUGGGAGAAUCCGAGAUAGCUAUGGUGUCACCCGACAUCUCCCAAGCCUUGUGAGGUAUGUUGUUAGCCAAGCAUGUUGUGAUGCAAGCCCACGCCAGCCUGGGUGCGGUGGUUCGAUAAGAGACCAAAUCUGUGUUGGGGGAGCAAGAAGUAGGAUGGGAUCAUUUAUCCUUAUGUUCUUGUCAGUUUGUCUUGCCUUACUCAUUUCUAAGUGCAAUAAGGGAGUGUUGCACAGGAUUGUACCUGUGACAUCCUGAUGGAUGCUUCCCUGUGGCCCUGUUGGGGCAACAGUGGACAGACUGAGACCCCUCAGUAUGGCUGUCUCCCACCUUCAUUGAGGCCUCUUUGGGACCAGGAACCAUCCUGUUACCUUCCUGUCAGUCUCCUCACUUUGUGUGUGGGGUCUAUAGUAAUGGAUCUGGGGCAGCUCACUUGGUUAUUAGGAUCCCGACUGCUGGUCGCUUCUAUUUGACUAGGAAAGUGAAGCAUUCCUACUGGAGAAAAAUGUAAAUGUUUCCCUACAUGCUCUGUAUUAGCUAUAAUUAUAUUUGUGCUUAAAGUUCUCCCUUCUUCAUUCAUCAACUAAGUCCAGCUGUGGGUUAUCCUGGGAGAAACGAACCACGAUGUUCGAAGCAGACAGGUGGUUCAAGGGCAGCAGAUGGUGGUCUCCUUGCUUCAGCCCUCCUCUAAGAUCCACACAUACCACUCUGCCUCCGGUGGGGGCUUGCUCUUUCUCUGGCUUUUCUCUGCCUCCUCCCACCUCCACCUGUUGCCCCAGUCUGGAAGCACCCACAUGAGCUGAGCUAGAAUUUCCUGAGGUCAGCUGGACCUGGGGCUCCCAACCCACAGAAAUGGAAGUAGGGGUAUCCCUGGUCUGUUCUAUCCCCAUGGAUAGUGUGGCUGCUGGGGGCAACAGUGUUGGCUUUUAAGUAUCCCCCUUACCUCUCACCCACCCCCCAAACUGACUAGCACCCAGAGGGGCUUCUGAUGCAAGGCUCGGCUCCAGGGACAGUAGCUGAGGGUGUGCCAUCCCCCUGCAGACUAGCUGCUUCCAUUAGAUUUCCAGGGUGGUGGUCCCAGUGUGAAGCAGCAGUGCCUCUGUGAAGGGGGGUGCAGGGCUCUGGCCUCAUGGAGAAAGGUCAGGGACAGGGUCAGUAUUGUGGGCAUGUGUGUACCUUCCCAAGUUCUCUUACAGUCCCUGCUGGGACUCCCUGACUUAUUUUGGUUGGUUCCUAGUGCUACUUCUUUUACAAAAUACACUUUGUAGAACUGAUUAGAUUACCUUGUUUAUUUAAUGUGAGUUUCUGCCUUUUUGUCUCAAUCUUCCAAAACAGGUAUAUUGGGGGGAAAGCAGUCUAAUAAAAUCCUAGACAGAG